AUGUCCGGAGGCUGGAACACAAUCGAGAGUGAUGCGGGCGUGUUCACGUACCUCAUCGAGAAGCUCGGCGUCAAGGACGUACAGUUUGAAGAGCUCGUAACCCUAGAUUCAGACGAACUUAAACGCCUCGGCAAGAUCUACGGCGUCAUAUUUCUCUUCAAAUAUCCUACCGGCGAAGCGCGGUCUGAUACACCAAAAGAUGGCAGCUUUGAUCACGAUGCGGCAAACGACAUCUUCUUUGCUGCGCAGACAAUACAAAAUGCGUGCGGCACGCAAGCGCUGCUUAGCGUACUACUAAACAAGGAUGGUGAGGUGCAAAUAGGCAAGGACUUGAAAGAGUUCAAGGAAUUCACACAGGAAUUUCCACCGGAGUUCCGGGGCGAGACUCUUUCAAACUCAGACGUUAUUCGUGAAGUACACAACUCAUUCGCGCGAUCCUCACCAUUCAUAGACGAGACGCAGCGCACCGCCACAGAAGACGACGACGUCUACCACUUCAUCGCAUAUACCUCAAUAAACAACACGCUCUACGAACUCGACGGUCUUCAACCCGCCCCCAUCUCCCACGGCCCUUGUACCCCGCAAAACUUCCCCGACGCCAUCGUCCCCGUGCUCCAGCGCCGCAUCAACCGCUACCCCGCCACAGAAAUUCGCUUCAACCUGCUCGCCUGCGUGCAGGACCAGCGGAUUCGCGCGCGCGAGAUUGGGGAUCAGGAGGCGCUCGAGGAGCAGGAGGAGAAGCGGAGUGCGUGGCUGUGGGAGAAUGCGCUGCGGCGGCACAAUUUCGUGGGAUUUGUCGGCGAGCUCAUGAAGGGCGUUGUGAAGGCGAAAUUGGCACAGGGUGAGGGCGCGUAUGACAAGUGGAUUGAGGAUGGUAAGGCGAAGACGAGGAAGCGUAUGGAAGAUAAGAGGAAGCAGGGGAUCGCGAGUGACGGUAUUGAUUGA